CUUGCACAACCCGUAGGUAAAUCGAAAAGCCAAUGGGGAUUUUGGAGAUUACCGGCUAAUCCCAACUCGUCGAUGGACGGAGCUUCUCGUAGAUGUUAGCUAUAAAACGAGAGGAAACGACAGUGGUUGAAAAUUCUUAUUAGAUUAACCAAUUCAAAUCAUUUGUCUUUCGUCAAAUUCACACCAAUCAAGACUUUUAAAAUAAUCAAAUUUUGACAUCUUCUGAUUCCUUUGAAUGAGAGAAAAAUAAACAAAAAUGAGCGCUGAUGUUGCUGUUGAUGAUAAAGCAAACAAACAUAACCAACCCGUUCCUUUGCUUUUACUCAUUUUUCUUUUUGUUCUUCUGGAUAAUCUAAUUAAUCAUUUCUUUCCCCUUUCAAAGGAACCUUCUCUCCCAGAACCCAGAUUGAAGAUGGAUGGGUGCAAGUGUUUUUAUUGGAAUAGAGACUAUGAUGUAUGUACUCCUGAGCUAGAACCUUUUACAUUACCAUCACCAAUUCCAGAAUGGCCUCAAGGCCAAGGCUUCGGUAAUCGAGUGAUAUGUCUCGGACAGCUUGAAGUUAUUCAGAUCACCAAGUUUGAGAGUGUUUGGACUUGCAGUUUGUCUAAGGAUAAGAAAAAAUGUGCUACAUUCUAUAAACCUGUGGAAAUACCUGAUGGAUUUUUCAGCCUUGGUCACUAUGGCCAAUCACACGAUCAGCCGUUGCAUGGGUUUGUUCUUGUGGCAAGAGAAGUCGGUGCACCCAAAACUGGUAAGAAUUUCCACCAAGUGACUGAAUCACCAGCUCUCAAAAAGCCCCUGGAUUAUACAUUAGUUUGUAGUACAGAUGAACGGGGAGAUGGCAAUCAUGAUGGUUGUGGUUACUUUUGGCUACCCCAACCAGUGGAGGGCUAUAAACCUGUGGGAUAUUUGGUCAGUAAUAGUCCAGAGAAACCCUCUCUUGAAGAAGUUAGAUGUGUCCGAGAGGAUCUUACAGCAAAUUGUGAGACUUGUAAUGUGAUUUUUCAAAUGGAUUUAAAAUCUGUUAAAUUUCCUUUUAGGGUUUGGGAAACAAGACCUUGCCAUCGAGGGAUGAUGGAGAAAAGUGUAUCUGUUGGGACUUUCUUCUGCAGUAGCUGCUGGUCUUUUGGAGAUGAAAUGAAUAUUGCUUGCUUGAAGAACCUCGAUCCUACUCUACAUGCCAUGCCGAAUAUAAACCAGAUUCAUGCACUCAUAAAAUAUUAUGGGCCAACUGUUUUCUUCCAUCCAGAUGAGAUUUAUUUGCCUUCAUCUUUGUCAUGGUUUUUCAAAAACGGGGCUUUGUUGUACAAGAAAGGGGAUUUAGUAGGUGUGCCCAUUGAUUCGAUGGGUUUAAACCUUCCGUGCGGUGGAUCAAAUGAUAGAGAGUAUUGGAUAGAUUUGCCGAAGGAUAGUAACAGAAACUUUGUGAAGUGCGGGAAUUUAGAGAGCGCAGAGCUAUAUGUUCACGUGAAACCUGCUCUUGGAGGAACCUUCACUGAUAUUGUGAUGUGGGUAUUUUGUCCCUUCAAUGGGCCAGCUACUCUUAAGAUUGGAGUACUGAAUAUUGCACUGAGUAAGGUAGGGGAACAUAUUUGUGAUUGGGAGCAUUAUACACUCCGAAUAAGCAACUUCACUGGAGAACUUUGGAGUAUAUACUUCUCACAGCACAGUGGUGGAGAAUGGGUGGAUGCUUGUGACUUGGAGUUUAUCGAAGGAAAUAAGGCGAUUGUUUACUCGUCAAAAAGCGGGCAUUCAAGUUUCCCACAUCCCGGGAAUUUUCUCCAAGGAUCGCUAGGCAUUGGAGUGAGAAACGAUGCUGCCAAGAGCAAGUUUUAUGUGGAUUCAAGCCUUAAAUAUGAAGUAGUUGCAGCUGAAUAUUUAGGAGACAACACGAUUGUUAGAGAACCAAAUUGGUUGCAGUAUAUGAGAGAGUGGGGACCGAAACUUGUUUAUGAUGGAACGUCUGAGUUGGACAGGAUAAUACAUCUUUUACCGAUUUUCAUCAGAUAUUCAGUGGAGAGUCUUGUGGAUAAAUUUCCUGUGGAGCUGUACGGCGAAGAGGGACCAACUGGACCAAAAGAGAAGAACAAUUGGUUUGGGGAUGAAAGAUGGUAAGUUAGAUAUCUGCACAUAGUACUGGAAUAGAAAUGGUUUAUACUUGUUGUGAGAAUAUAUGUACCAUCAUUGUUGUACUUGUAUUGAGUACAGUUUCUUUGCUAUUCUCUAGCAAAGUCUGUCGGAAAGUUUAGAUUACCAUUCCUAAAUGUAAAAAGGAGUGAUCGAGAUAUUAGACUAGGGAAAACCGUAUGGUGGGGCCCACUAAUAGUUUGUGAGGAGCAAUUUUACCAUGUUUUUUUUUGACGGUUCAAAUUCAAAUAGACUUUUUGAAAGGAAAAUAUGUAUCCCCGUGUAACUUAUUUAGUUCAAAAAAUUCUCAUUCUUGUUCCUACUGAAA